CUGAUAAAUGCACGGCCAAUGUAUCAAUUCUGAUGCUCAUCGAAUUCGUUGAAAACCCACCCCAUCGAUAACCAUGCGCUCCCCCGCCAAUCCAGUCAUCUUUACCACCAUCUCCUCCAUCAGCCCGCCUCCACCUCCUAGCUCUCAAACUGAUUCCCACUAUUUUUGACAACUAAUCUAUCCACCUACCUUGCUCCUGCCUCCUCCCGCACCAUUAUAAAGGGUCCCAGCCGGACAUGCUUGGACUACCCGCCUCCGUCGACUUGGAUGAAUGCAUCGAAAGGCUCUAUAAGAAAGAGCUCUUGGCGGAAUCCGUCAUCGAGGCGAUAUGCAAUAAACUCAAGGAGCAACUCAUGAGCGAGUCCAACGUUGUACAGAUCAUGGCCCCCGUAACCGUUGUCGGAGACAUUCACGGACAGUUCUUCGACAUGCUAGAGAUCUUCAAAAUUGCCGGCUACUGCCCGGACACAAACUACCUGUUUCUUGGCGAUUACGUGGAUCGUGGCUUAUUCUCCGUAGAGACCAUCUCGUUACUGGUGUGUCUGAAGCUUCGGUGGCCCUCGAGGGUUUACCUGAUCAGGGGUAAUCAUGAGAGUAGGGGGGUUACGCAGAGCUACGGGUUUUAUACAGAGUGCUCGAGAAAGUACGAGAGUCCGAAUGUUUGGCGUCACUUUACGGACAUGUUCGAUUUCCUCACCUUGAGUGUCGUGAUUAAUAAUGAUAUAUUCUGCGUUCAUGGAGGACUCUCCCCCUCGAUCCAUUCAAUCGAUCAGAUCAAGGUCAUUGACCGCUUCCGAGAGAUCCCCCACGAAGGCCCCAUGGCAGAUCUAGUCUGGUCUGACCCAGAUCCUGAUCGCGACGAGUUCUCGUUAUCACCCAGAGGUGCAGGAUACACUUUUGGUGCCCAAGUCGUCAAGAAGUUCCUCGAAGUGAACAAUCAAUCCCACAUACUCCGAGCUCAUCAGCUAUGUCAGGAGGGGUAUCAACUCCUAUUUGAUGGCCUAUUAUCUACUGUAUGGAGUGCACCAAAUUAUUGUUACCGGUGCGGUAACUUGGCCAGCGUCCUCGAAGUGGAUUACCACGGACCACGCUAUUAUAAUGUUUUCGAGGCCGCACCGGAGAAUAGCGAGCAUAGAGACGCUGCUGCGCAACAGCAGGAUACGGGAGCGGUUGUGGAGUACUUUCUAUGACUUCCUCCAAGGUCAUGGGCGGUUUUGAUACCCAGGGCCUGGGGGUGGGAAAAUCUGGCCCUUUUUUCUUCUCCCUUUUU